ACAGCUAAUUACUCCUGGCCUUUUUAUCCAAUUGCUAACCAGGCAUUGUAUGGUUACGACCAAGCAGCCAACAAAUCUUUCAAAAGCGAGAAAAUCCCAAAUGGCGUCAGAACUCAGGUGGAAGAUGGAAUCCAGGCUCUGUUUGUGCCCGCAGGAGAAGAAGUUGACCUUGGUGACUUUGCUGGUACUUGCAUCAGUAAUCCAUAUCUCUGUCAGAAUUUUACAGUGUCAUUUCUCUUUAAAACUGGAGCAGAUAAAGAUCUAAAGGUCCUGAAUUCGGGCUUGCGUGCUGAUGACCAAACAGAUGAGUACGAGUAUGGCUGGUCAUUUGAGAUUUCUCCCUAUUCUGGCAGUGCUGAAGCGAUAGUCACCGGUUAUGGCGCGGCCCGAGAACUGGCGGCUCGCAAUUCUUGGAUUCAAAUAGUUUUUACUUUUGAUCACGGAUCAAUACGCGACGUAGUCCUCUAUCAAAAUCAUAAUGGCAAACUAGUAGACAAUCUGUCGAUAUUGGCACAAAGUUAUGUAGAUCAAGACCGGAACACCCGUCUGAAGCUUGGCUCCACAUCCAACAUAAAAGGGUUCUUUAUAAGCAACCUAAACUUUAUUGGAAUUAAGCUGAGGGUAGAAGAAAUUCAAGAACUUGGGAACAGGAGUUUUAAAGAAGGUAUGAUGAAGGGUCGGUUAUUAAAUGAAGUAUAACUUAAAUCCUUUUGCAGGGUAAUUGUUUUAAGCAAGACAGAAUGAAUGGACAGAGAAAGAAACGCCCAUUUUAGCCCUUAGGAGAUGUGAAUUUCACCAAAGUUAUUUUUAGACCAAUGAAACACUUGAGAUUAAUCGGAAAUAAGCUUUCGCAGACGUCCGCAAACUUUUGUUUGGUCUUAGAAUUCAACAGUCGCCAUUAAAAUAUUCUGCAUUGUUUGUUGUGAGGCAGUCAGUCGCCAGUGGACUUGAUGACGUUUUAAGUAAUGGAUAAAAAUGUGCGGACGUCUCAGGAAUUAGACUUUCGUGCCAUUACAUCCUGUUAAAAUAACACAGCCAACGCCCGAAGAUUCCAUCUCUGGUCCAUUAUUCUCUCUUGUUGCGUUCGACGUAAGGAGAACGCAACACAUAAUCUUGGGAUUCCUGUGGUACUAAAGGGUGACCUUUCGUGGUACUCAUUUCGUCGUACGUCUGCAUUUUCUGCGCCAUUUUGAACAAUUUAUCUCGUGGGCACAAAAAUGAUAAAAAUAAUUAAUUUAACUAAUGGUCUUAGCAAUUUGGUUGCGUGGCGCAAUGCAUGACGUCCAAUGUCUCGGGUUCCACUCCUGUACAUUGAGACUUUUUUCUUUUUUUUCGUAGUCGUUUUGCUUUGUUUUGUUUCUUUUUUAAAAAAAAAAACAUAUAGGAAGCGUUUUGCAGCAUCAGUUUAUUAGGAAAUAACAUCACAUUUGACAGUAAACCCAAAAAAGCUCGAACACAGUUCCUAAUCUGCGAUUACCACUAGUUUAAAGUAGAUAAAUGAUUUUCUAGUCUGGCUUAAAAGUCCACCAGACCCAAAGGUCUGUUAGAGGGCCGAUUAUGUAGUACAUUCCGAUUUGGUUUAAGACUAAGAACAUGAGUUUUGUCUGGCUACGGGGAUUAAGUCCGCGGAUUCCCGCUCUGUAGUUUUAAACAUACAGUUCAAUGAAAACACAAUAGUUCAAUAUAACCACGCCAGAAGUUGAAUAACAGCACAUUUGUUCAAUGUCAUGUCACUCAAAAAGCAUAAUAUAGAGCAUUUAUCUCCCUAAAGCUACCAACUCGUUAAUUUAAGGAAAAAUUUGAAAGUCCAAUUAUUUCUCAAACUGCGGCCUAAGUUAGCCCGAGUACAGCCGUCGCCUCUCUCAAACAAAAAACAGGGUUGCCACUGUCAGGGAAAAGUUAGGGAAAAACGAAAAGUUUUUAAGAGUGGUUGUCAGAGAAAACCGGGCAAAAUGUUAAAAAUGUCAACGGAAGGGGGUCAACAGAAUAAGUUCAUACUAACAUCAUAGAUAGGUCUGGUGGAGUAAUGGACAAAUAUAAUAAACAUAGGCUCUUCACUGCUCUUGUAUUAGAGAUACGAGAAUCACUUUAUUCGACCCCCUCGGACGCCAUUUUUAUAAGCAAAUUUUCACCAUUUUCUGAAACUCACAGAACCCUCAAAAUUUAACGAGCGAAGUUUAUUUUUCGCAUGCGACACAAUACAUCACAGAACUACUUUCUAAAACCAUAAGAUUUGUUAAGCAGCCAAGGACAAGACUAAAAUUUUCUUAUUUUAUCUGACCUAAACUCAGUGUCCGCAAACGAGCAAAAAAUCGGGCAUUUUUGAAUUGAUCUACAGCGCACAACUAAAACGACAGAACAACUCUGACAGCCAAAUUGCAGUCUACUAUCAUCUAUGUAACCAAAACACUAAUAAUCAUUUUGGGCCAUUGAAACAGGAAGAAAUUAGAAAACUCACAUUUGUUAUAGUUUCCAAGCUUUUUCUUGCAAACAGGCCGAUCCCUUCGUGUUUGUUUUAAGUCCUCUUCGUGAAUUUUCGUCCAUAUUUCGCUGUAAAGUAUGUUCAGCAGCUGGAGAAAAUAUCAAAAAGCUCGAAAUACUGCCUAGGUUACUUGUUCAAAGGGCAAAAAGUACUGAACAACAGGAUGAAACUAGAAAAUAACAAAGCGACGCCAUCUUGAAAAUUCAGCACUCAGGAGGGACUGGCACUAGUAGCUGCCUUGUCCACAACGUGAUGAAUUACCAAAUAGAUAAAAAACAAAAACAAAGAAACAAACCGGCUUAUCAGUUGCCUACUACAGUCCCAUUUCUUCUUCAAUCACUACUUUCAGUUAAAUUUAGCUUUUUUUGUGUUGUGUUGUCGGUCUUUUUUUUUGGGCGGAGUGAUAGGGUUUGGGGGAAGAUGCAUGACCAACUGGCAUUACUUUAUUCAGUCUUCAUUUACUCUUCAUUCACUUCCUUUUGAGUUAUCCAGUAUAAGUCUUCCUUUGGAAUCUUUAUUGUAUCAUCUAUUUUUGCGUCAGUCUACAAUCACCGUCCAUGUCCGAAGGUCCCCUCAUCUCCUGUUCAUGAUUUCAUGAUGCACAGUUUCAUAAUCCGGAAGGCUUCGCCCGAAGGGUACCUCUUUCAAGCAUCAGGUGUAACAAAGGGUAGGAAAAUCACAAGUUGAAUUAUGUGAAAGGAGAGGAAAAUCUUUCAUUAAGGAUUUUAAAGGGCCUUUUAUUAAAUGCUCCGAAGAAACACGCCUUAUGACAAUAUCAUUUACAUGUUAAUUCAGUUAAAGGUUACACGAAAAUGGCCCGAAGACCUCCUUUCUUACCGAUUUAUUCUCACGAAGCAUAUAUAUGAAAAGGGUGCAACUUUUCAAUGGAAGAUACACGAAAGGAUUACCUUUUCUCAAAAAUAGUAUAUAUAAGGAUAAGGGACUGGAACUCGGGGCGAAACCUCUCCGAACAAUGCUUUAUUGAGUAGCCUCCCACCCCCCUCCCCUUCUCACUAGGGCUUUCCACAAGUUGCUCGGCAACUUUUUGGCAAGGUCUAGUAUUUCGAGCAACUUUUUGCGUUUCAAGCAACUUUUUACAUAAUUGCUGAGCAAUUUCUCUAACUAGUUUUUUUUCCAAUUCUGAGAUAUCUGAGCCGCUCUUAGUGCUUAAAUUAGCCUUGCUUCCAUAUUGCACAGUGUUUUAGUUGACAAUUUAUGAAUUUCCCUAUGAAAAAGGAGCCAGAUCCUUACCCCUUGGGGGCAGAUGAUGGGCGCAAGAUGCAGCCGGGCUGCUAGGUCAGAGGUUUUUUUGAACAAAAAGGCAACAUGGGGGACUUCGAUUCACACUUGACUGACACGAGUGUCUGAGGUGAAUUAAGGUCAUUCAACAAUUUUAAUGGCUCAUACUAGAAUAUUUACAAGAUUAAUAUUAAUAUUGAUGUGUAGUCUUUACUCAUACAUGGUUUACGGGAUCCUGAUGGCGGACAGACUUAUCUAGCAACGCUAAUUACGUUGCGAAGUAGCACAAAAUUACGUUUUUAUACUCUACUAGGAGCCAUAUUUAUCUAAAUCGGGGUAGUAGACCAUAACUGGAUACCUUUUCCAGGGAUGGGGGUGACUUCAUCGAAAUAUCAGGGGCACCCAACGAGAAGAUAGUUCAAAACCACCUAAACAUAGCAUUGUUAAACGCAUUCUAGUAUUUAAACGGUAGAUAUAGGCAUAUUUUUAUCGCGUAGAAAUUUUUCAUCUGUUCGGAUUUCUUAGCUGAAAGUUUAGUGAUUCGAAAAUUAUAGGGAUCAAAACUUACCUUUUCGCAAAUUUCAGCCAGAAAAAAGGCUCCCGAAAAUUCUAGGUGACUUUUUAAGGGUAAAAAUCCGUUAAAAAUGGGCAAUUAUACCAUUUUUUUACAUGUUCGAAAAUCCUAGGAGAGGCAGGCAAGCAAGGAAUCUUACAAUGAAAUGUUCCGAAAAUUAUAAAUCGCAAAUCGUCUUCCGAACAGAUAUUUUCCGAAAAUUGUCGUUGGUUGCCCCUGAAAUAUAUAUCAUGGCCGUUAAAUGUGCUAAUUUUAGCACAUUUUGUGCCAUCUCGUAUGAUUCGCGCGCGCAUUUUUUGCAACAGCGCCGUUGAAAAGAUUAACAAACAAAAUGGCGUUGGAAAUUAUCUCCUUAGGAGACGAAUAAAUUCCAUUUCUGUCAUCAUUGCCUCCUCUGAAUUUAAGGCAAGACCUUGACAAUUUCUCUAAAUGUGAGGACUGUUUAUGUUAAACAACGUAGUGAGAGUGUUUUUGACAAAUCCAGUGACGAAGAGAUGUAGGAGAUGUCAAUUCUUUCACAGCUACACCAGUACUCCGCUAAAACGAACCUAGUGGCUGUAAACGUCCAGGUGUACGACUUCUAUCAAUGAUCAAUAUGAUGGAAAAGGUACCAACUCGAGUUAACACUCAGACCCCUUUUACAAAUUUUUGAACGGCCAAAAACUUGCAGGGAUCCGCCUUUUCUUUAUAUGCGACCCGGCGGAACCGUGAAGUUUUUGAGCUGCAAACAGUACCGCAAUCUGUAAGAGAAUUUGCGCCUUCCCUCUAAACGUGGCGUUUAUAUUGUGUGGACUGUGCAAAGAGCAUUCUGAAAAAGAAGUGAACAGGAAAAACAAUGAGGGGAAGGGGUGCGGAGUGAGAGUCGUAAAACCCCUUUAAUUGUACUUUUUAACAAAAGCUCCUUCCGGAUCCUUUCGGUAUACCGGGUUCUGGUAAACGCUAUGAAUGGUUUAUUUUGACAGCUCUUGUCAACAUUCGAAGGUCUAUUACCUUAUGGAAAUGCGAAGUGACAGCGAUGGGAUCAUCAGUUAAAAGGCUUACCUUCAAAAAAAACUUCGUCCACUGGCUUUCUUGGCCGCUUCGCGGCCUAAAAUGCCCGCUCCGCAGAACUGAUUCAACUGCAUGUACUAUGUUUAUUUUAAUAAACAGUUGGUAAUAAAAAUUAUUAAAAAUUUUACAGCAAGGACUAUCCACUGCCCGCAGUUAGCCCGCACGUUUCGAAACUCGCGAGGUUGAUACAUAGCAAGUCUAGCUAGCUCGCAUGAGAGCGAAGUUAAGUGAUUCAUAAAGAGACAAAAUAGAUCUUUAAUAUUAUCUACAUCCACGGGACACCUCUAAAUGAGGAGGGAAUGAAGCAAUGCCUGUUAAUCACCAAUUAACCUGCGAUCAGGCGUUCUUCUAAAGCUAAAUUCAACUAAAAGAAGUAAUUGAAGAAGAAAUAAGACUGGAGUAGGUCGCUGAUAAGCUGGUUUGUUUGUUUUUUGUUUUUUUAUCUUAUUGCUAAUCAGGAGCCCAUAGGCUCCUGGUAAUAGUUCGUAAUAGCCCACGUUCGAUAAAGAAAAAUUCUAACAUGAAUCCGAGGCUUUCUGGUUACAUUUCUAUAUUAGGUUUGGUUUUCUAUGUGCUCGUGUAAAAUUUGCAAUUUUUGUCCGUGUUAGAUAUCGAACGCAGCUACUAGUGCCAGUCCCUCCUGAGUGCGGAAUUUUCAAGAUGGCGUCGCUUUGUUAUUUUCUAGUUUCAUCACUUUUUACCCUUUGGACAAGUAACCUAGGCAGUAUUUCGAGCUUUUUGAUAUUUUCUCCAGCUGCUGAACAUACUUUACAGCGAAAUAUGGACGAAAAUUCACGAAGAGGACUUAAAACAAACACGAAGGGAUCGGCCUGUUUGCAAGAAAAAGCUUGGAAACUAUAACAAAUGUGAGUUUUCUAAUUUCUUCCUGUUUCAAUGGCCCAAAAUGAUUAUUAGUGUUUUGGUUACAUAGAUGAUAGUAGACUGCAAUUUGGCUGUCAGAGUUGUUCUGUCGUUUUAGUUGUGCGCUGUAGAUCAAUUCAAAAAUGCCCGAUUUUUUGCUCGUUUGCAGACACUGAGUUUAGGUCAGAUAAAAUAAGAAAAUUUUAGUCUUGUCCGUGGGUGCUUAACAAAUCUUAUGGUUUUAGAAAGUAGUUCUGUGAUGUAUUGUGUCGCAUGCGAAAAAUAAACUUCGCUCGUUAAAUUUUGAGGGUUCUGUGAGUUUCAGAAAAUGGUGAAAAUUUGCUUAUAAAAAUGGCGUCCGAGGGGGUCGAAUAAAGUGAUUCUCGUAUCUCUAAUACAAGAGCAGUGAAGAGCCUAUGUUUAUUAUAUUUGUCCAUUACUCCACCAGACCUAUCUAUGAUGUUAGUAUGAACUUAUUCUGUUGACCCCCUUCCGUUGACAUUUUUAACAUUUUGCCCGGUUUUCUCCGACAACCACUCUUAAGGUCAGGGAAAAGUCAGGGAAUUUGUUAAAAAGUCUGCGAAAAUCUUUGAUAUUGUCAAGGUCCGUGAAAAGUCAGGGAAUUCUGUUUUCCGCUUUAUAGUUCAGAAGUUUUCUUCAAGACUUUGAAAUGUAUUUUCUUUCGGAAAAGAUGAAAAGUAUACUGCAAAGCAAGCAAUGCGAUCCAUUUUAACACUCUAUGCCUGACACAUGUAGUAGUUGUGGUCAGUGGUUUUCGUUGUAAAUGCUUUCUUCCAAAUUCCUUCUUCCUCUUUCAGCGAAAAGCGGAAAGAGGUUGAAAAUGAAGAGAAAAAUAUCGAUGGCCUGCAAAAAAAGCUAAAGCGAAUGUAAACAUCGAUUGUUUCUCAUUAAUAAAAGGUCAGUGAAAACUGUUAUAGAUCGGUGAAAAGUCAGGGAAUUUUUAACUUUCUGCUGAGUGGCAACCCUGAUAAACGUCUCUCUGCUUGAUAUGUUUGAGGGGAGGAGGCGGCUGUAGGCAGGCUAGCCUAAGCUAGACUCGAUCGGUUUGAUAAACGAGUCUUAGAGGUCUAUACAAGAGAAUGUAGAAUGUAUUGAUGCACUCACUACAGUUUAUUUCGCCAAUAGCAAUGGAGGCAAAGAACGUCACAAUUGAGAUUCUAGAAGCUCAAGUAAUAAUACCAGCAGAUGCUGGCAUGGCAGCGAUACGCAUGCGCCGUCAGGGAUUUCUUGCUAUUGCUACUGCAGUGAAGUAAGUACUGAAACAGUCCAUGCUAAAAAAGGGAAAAAUAGAAGAAUGUAGCUCCUAAUAUGGUACGGCCAAAGGAGCUGAAUUCUUAUUAUGGUAUAGUUCGGGGUUUGUAGAUGGCAAUAACGUUUUUAUAGUCUUGAACCAGGUUUUUUGGUAGAGGAAAAAAACCAAAUGAGCCUUCUUUCCUCAUUAACAAGCCAGAUCCCAGGCUAACUUUGUUGGCGUCCAUGAGCAGUGUUUAAAAACUAGCCGGUAUAAUCACUAAACAGUCUCAAAAUAAGCACUGAAUAUACAUUUUUUGCCGAGGUGUUUUAAUCAGUGUUAUCAAUUUCAGCACUGAAGAAUACGUACCAACUCCUCGGGGUGGAUGAUCAUAAGUGAGACCUCUCCCCUGGGGCUAUGCUAUGCUAAUGAGUCCUAAUGAGGACGAAACAGCUGUCCAUGUCUGCCACUGCCUGGGUGAUAUGGUUGGCGCAUGCGUAAGGUACUCGGGCCAUAUCGCCGAGUUGAUACGUGUGCUACAGGACUCCUUAAAACGUGUUCAGUGCUUUGCUGUCGUUGGUACGGCAGUACAUAUGCAUGGUGCCCAUUUGGUCAGGAUGUACGUGUUACCCCACGGAGGGUUGACAAGUUUAAAUUUAAGAGUUCAUAGCAUUAUUACAUGAGACUGAGUAUGAUCUGAAGACUUAUCCAGUUCGAAGAGACCAGUUAUUCGUCGGCCUCGGCGAAUAACUCUCUGCUAUAGAUUCACAAUAAUUCAUACAUUAGAAACAAACUUAUAUUCUUACCUCGAGCGAUGUAAAGUUGCCUCUUCAUUGGCUUGUUGCUUGGCAAAUUACGGAUUUAAACGGAUUGGUUACUCCAGCCGAUGUUGCUCAAAAAUCAAUUGCAUACGUUGAGUUAUAUCUUUGCUGUUUUUCGCCAUGUUUUUAGGCAUUAGAUCUGCUAUCUUUUUCGCAAAAUGUGUGAUUUUUUUCCGCUAUUUUCUCUAGCACUACGUAUACCAAGACAGCCGAGCUAGCUCGAGCUAGGGCAACUUCAUCACGGAGUUCCUAGGUUUCUGUGCCUUUUUCUGUGAUGACCCUGUAGCAUUGAUGUCAUUUUAUCAGACAUUGCAAACGUCUUAAAAAAUUAAGUAAACGUUGGCUGGUUGUGAGGAAUCAUUCAGGGGAUCUGCGCCAGUCAAAAACACAGAAUUUUUUUGUUAAAUUAAUAGUGACACCUAUUGUCUGUGUUGUACUUUCUUAAGCUAUGAUAUGAAAAGCUUGACAACUGAAGCAAACAAACACUACAAGGCUGCCGCUGGGGGGCAACUGGCAUUUGCUCCGGGAGAGAUUUACAAGGAAGUUAAAAUUGGUAUCAUUAACAUGGAUAACAGCUUUGAAGGCAACAAAACAUUUCAAGUCCUUUUCUCAAGUUCUCAGCUGUCCGUGACGAUGAAAGGACCGCAGCAGGUCAAUGUAACUAUUAUGUACACUAAAGGUAAGAGAAAUUCUUUCAUAUUUACCCGUUUUUUGUGUGUAUGUGUGUUUUUUUAAACCGGGCUACUAAAAAAUGUCAGUCUCUCUCCCAGUGAUUGUUAAUUUAAUGGCCCUUUUUACUGGAAAAGUAAAAUCUUACCAGGAAAAAAUUAUGUAAGCACCAUGCCUGCAUGCAAAGCUUUCUACAUUAGACUGGAAAAAAUAGGACAUUUUAACGAUUUGUUUCAUUUUCAGCGUCACCGAUUGCAAAGCCAUUUCCCCAAUUUCCCCAAUUUUGCAAUGCCAUUGGUCUCCCAAAUACAAUCCAAAACACCAUUUCUCGAAGAAAAGAUGCCCUACAACCCCUAAUUUAACUGCUUGAUGACUUGAAAACAUUAGCAACAGGGUGUUUUAUUGCUUGCAUGGAAAUUACACAGUCAAAGAAACUGCAUCCAAGCGCAGGAAAACGAAUUUAACCAGGCUACCCCAAAUACACACCAGUUGAAAGCCCUGUGCCUGUGCAACCAGCUGACACCCACCUCGACAGAGACACUGAGCCCAGGUAAAUAGCGGUAAGCCGCGGUAGAAAUUUCAGUACAGCCACAGUCCAGCACAAACCAGGCUCUUUAGACCAUCUCCACCACCCUGGAAUUUAACCAGGAUACACCAAAUGCAUACCAGCCAAUAGCCAUGUGCCUGAGCAACAAGCUAACACGACCGCAGCCCCCCCUCAAAAAGCAAUUGCUUGCCCAACGGGGGUAACAGGCUGGCCCGAGCCUUCUCGAGCAUUUUUUCAAGAAGUUUUAAGAAUCGAACAAGGAAACAUAGAAAGGCGGCAAAAGCCGGGUAUACAAGGGAUAAAGGUGUGGAAAACAAACACGGGAUCUACGCCAAAACGAUUGUAACACCAGAAGUUCAACAAAGAAACCAGGAGAAACACACAGACUCUUGAUCCACUGGGUAAGGAGGGGAUACACUUUGCAAGAGAUGGAAACGAAACCAACUGAAAACCACUAUCCUCACGAUGAUGAAUCACAACAUCAAAAGCGAGCAGAUCCUUCUUACCUCCCCAAAAAAAGUUCAACAAAGCGGUGUUCAACUCACGCAAGAGUUUAACCCAGAAGUUUAACCCAGCUAAUAAGAGAGGGACUAAAGCCCAUAGACAAAAGGGUACGCAAAAGGAAGGACCAAUCGACACGGUCGAUGGCCUUCUCUUGGCCCAAAGACAAAAUGGCCACAAAAAAAAUUCAUCUCAUUCGCACAGGUGGCAACGUCACAAAGUAAAGCAACAUUUUCCACAAUAUAACGGGAGGGCACCCCACAUGUCUCAUCGUGGGCCACAACGAUGUAAAUCAAAGGCACUGUAAUACUGAUAUUGCACUGUUAAAAGAUAACAUCUUUUGAAUACAGUGAAACCUCUAUUAAGCGGACACUAAGCCGGUUCCCGAAAUUAACUUCUUAUGUCUCCCCUUAUAACGAACCCUUAUUCAGUGGACACCUCUAUUAAGCGGACGUGGACACUAAAGUAAAUGGUAUUUGGCUAAUUUCUAUUGUUAAAAACCUCUAUUAAGCGGAGACCGGACGGAACUGACAAUAGUAGUAUAGCACAUCCUCGCAUUGGUUCUUCGUCUACCUGAUUCCUGGUCGAAUUGGAAUUUGGAAAUGUUGGUUUCUGAGGAGAGGGGAAAACCGGAGUACACGGAGAAAAACCUCUCGGAGCAAGGGAAAGAAUCAACAACAAACUUAACCCACAUAUGGCGUCGGCGCCGGGAGUUGAACCCGGGCCAAAUUAGUGGGAGGCGAGUGCUCUCACCACUGCGCCACCGUUGCUCCCCAAAUUGGAUUACGUCCCUGAAAUACGUACUGUAGUCGAUUAAUAAAGAUAAAUCAAUACAUUUGGCUGUCAAUAAACUGUAGAUUAGACUGAUAUCCGGCCCUAUGAUUGUCAUCCGCGAUCAAAAAUCACCUCAAGAUUUUGCACAAAGAACAGCACAGCUUCAUUAGCUUUCUCUUAACAACAUGGAGUUUUAUCAAAUUACAGAGUAACCGUUGAGAGUUAAUCGUUAACAAACAUUGCGCAAUAUUUAUAAAUUACCUCUAUUAAGCGGACACUUUGGAAGGUCCCGAAGGUGUCCGCUUAAUAGAGGAUUCACUGUAUAUAUCUUACUAGAAUGUCCAGAAUAGUUGAUCACAUUACUGAGGUUUACCUAACGUUUACCUGGUUAUUUUGGAGCAUGAUAGGUGCCGUGUAAUCAAAAAUUCAUAACUGGGACGUUCUUUGUAGCUCUUGAAACUUGAAUAAUCUGCCAUUCCUUUUUUCAAGGUACUGUCCCAUCAAAAGCAGCCAUCACAGAUGGUAUGUAUUCAGUUUAA